GCGUCACGUGGUGCCGUGACAGACACACUCGGACACACACGCAGGGAGAACCAGGCGUACAGGCAGCGAUACACACACUCUAAGUACUCGGCAGAGGAAUUCCCGUGAUAGGAUCGCGCGUGGGUUCGCGUCCCGCGUUUCAUCGACUCGUCCGUGGUUUUUUUUUUUUUUCUUUCUUUCUUUUCUCCCCCCCCUUCGGCUUCGGAGUCCGGCGGCGCGCGGAGCUCAACAACACUGACUGACUUGUGUGAAAGUAAACUGGUUACAUAAAUGUGUGUUUUUGGUUCGCGGGGGAAACGGCGCCCUUCGCUCCUGCUCGUACUUCUCCCAGUUCUCCCUCCGCCGUGAGGUAAAGUCGCUCGAGCCGCUUUUCUUUGUUUAUCACUUUCGAAUUAUUUCUCUUCCUCCUCGGCUCGUCCGCGAACAGACACUUUGUUUGUGCUUUUUGGCGUUCUCCCCGCGAAAUCCGCCACAACAAUCAAUGUAACCGUUUUCAAACCGGAUGUUAACGAACUCGGACUCUCGGCCGUCCGUCGGGGGCGCGAGGGGGGACGCGGACCGAGGAGCGGGGGCCUCAGUCUCUGUCUGUUUGUUUCUUCGUUUGUUUGUUUGUUUGUUUUCGGAAUGACACGCGGCGCGCGGCUGCCUCGCGAUUUAGGCUCCUCGCUCCCGCCCCUGGGGCACCUGGAGCCCGACAUGGAGCUCGCGCCGCGUCCCCUGUAGCGCGAGCCUAUCCGUGUGUCUGUCUGCUUGCGCGCGGCCGCUGCGUCACCGUGGGCGCUGCGCUGUUUCCACGUCCGCGAUGACACCGUGUUUCCGGCCCGAUUGCGCGUCCCGUCGCCCCCGUCACUAGACCCGGGAGGCGCUUGUUUUUUUUUUUUUUUCCUCCUCCCCCCCCCUUUUUGUUUGUUUGUUUGUUUGUUUGUUUGUUUGUUUGUUUGUUUUGUUUCUGUUCCGCGGCUCGCUCGCUCGCUCCCCACACGGAAAUCAUGGAGACGGACACGCAGCGCCACGCGGGGAGCUUCCCGCGGCACGCGCUCUCGAACCCGGCCGCCGCCGGCCUGUGCCCGGAGAUGCUGGAGGUGGCCGAGGAGGCGAGUCGCGCCGGGAACUUCGAGCUCGCCGCCGACAUCUACGGCUCGCAGCUGGCGGAGCUGCAGCAGCCCGACCGGGGACUGUGUCUGCGCAGGGCGGACGCGCUCGUGCGCGCGGGACGCCUCCCCGACGCGCUCGACUCGUACUGCGCGGCCGCGCGCCUGCACGCGCUGCGGCCGGAGGAGCUCGCGCUGCUGGUGGAGAGCAUCGCUCGGACCCUGCGCCACAAGGAGCCGCCUCCGCCGCCGGCCGCGUGCGCGGAGGACGAGGCGCCGGCGCUCGACCUCUUCUCGUGCCGCAUGUGCGCGGCCCUGCUGUCGGAGCCCGCGACCCUGCGCUGCGGACACACCUUCUGCAAGCGGUGCCUGGAGGGCGACGAGGGGCGCGGCGGGGCGGGGGGCUGCGGCCGGUGCGCCGAGUGCGCGCAGGAGGGCCGCGCUCCCCCCGGCGGCUUCCGCGUGAACGUGGUGCUGAGCGCGCUGCUCGAGAAGUGGUUCGAGGCGGAGAGCCGCGCGCGCAGAUUCUGCAUGGAGGGCGAGCGGAUGUGGCGGAAGAGGGAGCUGCCGGCGGCGCUGGACAAGUUCAACCGGGCGGCCGAGCUCGCGCCCUCGGACUGUCGACUCAUCACCCAGCGGGCGGAGCUCCUCAUCGACAUGCAGAACUACAGCCAGGCAGCGAAGGACGCGGACGGCGCCUGCCGACUCCGCCCACACCUGCCUCAGGUGCACUACCUGAAGGCGACUGCCCUGAGCAAGGCGGGUCACAACGAGGAGGCUCUGCAGGAGUACUUCCUGUGUGUGGCGCUCAAGCCCGACUGGACCGCUGUCAAGACGGAAGCCCAGAAGAUGCUCAGCGAGAUGUUCUCCUCCUUGUUCGAGAGGGACGCCUUGCCCACGUCGCUGCACCCCCACCAGUCCGGCCCGUCCGCCACGCGUCUCAAACCCCCCCUCCUCCUCGGGUCGGUCCAGCACGUCCCCCACGGUGCCGAGAGACAGGAGGCGGGCACCUCAAAGGACUCCGUGUUCAGUGCCACCAAGAACGCCCCCCCUUCCCCCAGGGAGGGUCCCGCCCAGCUGCUGCCUUCGCUAAGUAAAGGUGAACCCCCCCUGGGUGAGGGGAAGACCCUGGUGUCGGUGCUGUCCUCGGCGCCCGGCUCCGCCCUCGGCCUGAAGAGGAAAAGCCCCGGCGAUGUCCCCGGCUUUGCCCCACCCACCAAGCUCCUCCGACACCAGGAGGGUGCCUCCUCAUCACAGAGCCCCCCCACUCCCGUGGGGUCCUGGGUCGUGCCCCCCGAGCUACUGGACAGCGCAGACAUGGAGUGUUCCCUCUGCAUGAGGCUGUUCUAUGAGCCCGUCGCCACACCCUGUGGUCACACAUUCUGCCUGAAGUGCCUGGAGCGGUGUCUGGACCACACUCCGAGCUGCCCGCUGUGCAAGGAGAACCUGUCGGAGUACUUGGCCACCAGGGGGUACAACAAAACACUACUGAUGGAGGAGGUGCUGCUGCGCUACCUGUCGGACGAGUUGGCCGAGAGGAAGAAGAUUCACGAGGAGGAGAUGAAGGAGCUGUCAAACUUGAACCAGGAAGUGCCCAUCUUCGUUUGCACCAUGGCAUUUCCCACAAUCCCCUGCCCGCUGCACGUCUUCGAGCCGCGCUAUCGCCUCAUGAUCCGGCGUUCCAUGGAGACGGGAACCAAACAGUUCGGCAUGUGCAUCGCCGACGAGCUGAAGGGGUUCGCAGACUUCGGCUGCAUGCUGCAGGUCCGAGACGUCAAGUUCUUCCCGGACGGACGCUCGGUGGUGGACACCAUCGGCGUAGCGCGCUUCAAGGUGCUGAGCCACGGCCAGAGAGACGGCUACAACACGGCCAAGAUCGAGUACCUGGAGGACAGGAAGGUGGAAGGGGAGGAGCUUGUGGAGCUGCUGAAGCUUCACGACUCGGUGUACGAACGAGCCACCGCCUGGUUUACUUCGCUCAAGGACAACAUGAGGAACCAGAUCCUCAGCCACUUCGGGGACCUGCCCAACAAGGACCCCGACCCACAGAGCAGCUCCAGCGGCCCGGCGUGGUGCUGGUGGCUCCUGGCCGUCCUUCCCCUGGAGAACCGGGCCCAGCUCAGCAUCCUGGCCAUGACAUCACUGAAGGACCGUCUGCUCUCCAUCCGUCGGGUCCUUGUCUACGUGACCCGCAAGAGGGCGCGGUGACGACACCUGGGGGGAGGGGCUCUAUCCGACGUGUGUCAUCAUCACGAAGCCCUGACUGUGUGUGUGUGUGAAGUGAGUGAGACAGAGAGAGAGGGGUUGGUCCACGUUCCUUUUCCCAUCUUUAAUUUCUUUGGAACAUCUGGAAGAAGCUGUUAGAAUUUUGGGAUUGGCUUCUGGGGUUUUCUACCUGGACAGGCAGGGGGAGGGGGUGCUCACUGGCAGGACCCAGUGGUUUGGUUCACCUGUUGGUUGGGUCCGGGUCCGGGUCCCCGGGGGCCUCAGCCUCCCUCGCGUCUUUAACACCAAGGGGCGUGUCGCUGCUGUCGGACACGACCGGAGUCCAUCUGAGAAGGUGAGAGAGACCCCCGGAGCGCUCUUAUUGGUUCGAACCCGCAGCUGACAGCGCCACCUGCUGGACAGUACAUGACAGCUCGCGUGCCUGCGGCUCUCAGAACUGUGAAGGAAACUCUGGCUCCGGAGGCGGGUCUGCGGGGGAGCUGUCAGGAUCCAAUCCCUAAGGGUAUUGCCCUGAUCGCCUCUCGUAUUUGCCUGGAUCGCGUCGUAAAGGUCACGCCCUCAUGGAGCAGCUCUCUUCACGGCCGCAAACGCCCCACUGUGUUCCACCUUUGAAAAGACCGUGCGGUCAGUGAACAGACGUGACCCUCAAGGUUUUGCGGGUGACGUGUCCGGCGUGAGAUGAGAUCGGGCCCCUCCCUUCAGCACGCGAAAGCAGGAGGAGACGUGUUCGGCGCACACUUUCCCCGUUGCACCCCAGGAAGCGCCGCAUUUCGCCACUCCUGUCCGAACGGAUCUAAUAGGAAGCAGUGGACCGACACCCUGGGGUCAUUUGACUGAAGGUUCGACUUUGCUCUUAGCCCACCGGGUGUGUCGCUGGGUCGCGGCCUUGAGCUUCGCCCUUUUGCCCUCGGAUGGCACCGUCGGGAUGUGCGGGUGCCAGUCGCCGGGUCUUGCAUCGUUGCCUUAUCCUUCUCGCAUGUGGACCAGGUGACCGAUCCGCUGUGGUCGCAACUCGCACCCCGACCGCGCCGAAGACCGAGGAGAAACCGUUCCCAAGGGUCUCCGUGGGGUGAACGGCGCCACCAACCUCCGCUGACCUCACGCGACCCUUCCGUAAGCUCCACGGUCACCGAGGGCGCAGCACCGGUUGGCGUUGUGGUCGAGCUCCGCCUGCACGGUGCCGAACAUUAGAGAUCAGAGUGUUUCGCAGGCGCUGUGUUUCUCCAUUAGCAGAGGUAGCGGAAUGCGAGUUUGUUCACGUUUUGACCUUUUUUUGUACGUCGCCGACGUCCUCAUCUUUUUGUCUUAUUGACCAACUGAAGUGAUUGAACCCUUCUGUUGUUUGGAACAAUGUACUAUUGAGGCCUUUACAUGUUUUCUGUACCGUGGUACCGGUCCAUUUCCUCGCUAUGCUCCUCACACAAAAUGCUGCAUUAUUGUAGUAUCUCAAUGGUAAGAGAAGAUAUUUAAUUUAUUUUGUAUUUGAAAUAAAACAUGUGAGAACAGA